UAUAGUAAUGCUAUAUUUUAGCCCUCUUGUAAAGUUGAACAUGUUUAGAGGUGAUUGAAACUCAAAAUGUGAUUCCGAUGUCGACGUUUAAAGUUAGAGCUACCUGCUCAUUAGAAUGACCCAAUUUUUAGCGGGAAGAAACUUAUGUUGACAUUGCGAGAAAGAAAACGAUGCCAGGGAAGACGAUACCGCCGAUCACUCCUGAAAUCGUAGAGAAAGUCAAAGAGUUGGAGGAAGAAUUCGAAGAUGGUGACAUUACUGAGAAGGGAUACUGGAAGAAAAAAUGCAAGUUGUUUGAUGGGUAUCUACCCGAGGAAGUCAGCAAGAUCAUCACAGGCCUGGAGAAAGGACUGAAGGAAAAAAUCAUUACAGAGAAAGGGUAUUUCAAGAACCUUAGGAAAGUGUUUGACAAAGUAUACGAUAGUGAACGGGGCAAACUAAUUGAGACUGAGGGAUCCAGUAAAAAGACGGGGAUAGAUCUGAUCCAGUGCGAGAAUGGCCAAGGUCAAAAUGGGGACAAUGGGGAAAGCGAGUCAGUGAAGGAGGCCGACAGUGAGAGAAAGAAGGACAAAGAGGAAGACAAGAUGAGAGACAAUGCAAACGGAGAAGAAGAGGAGAAGAUGGAGGUUGAAGAAACCAAGAGUACACCCCCAAAAGACAAAACAGACAAGAAAUCAAGAAAACUGGCCAACCAGCCAUCAAUAACCGCCAUGUUUACAAGAACUCCAGGGAAAAGGAAGUCUAUGGCUGAUGAUGACAAGAGCCUCACUGACACAGAUCAAGAAAAGGAAGUGAAGAAAGUGAAACUAGAAGAUGAGCCCGCAGACUCCAAGGACUCUGGGGAGAUAAAGAGACAGGAGGAGGAGGUGCGGUCCAAAGCCCCACCCCCCAGGUGUCGGGAGUGUAAACAGCUCCUGGAGGACCCAGACUUACGGAUGUUUCCCGGCGAUCCCGACUCUGCUGUGGAGGAAUUUAUCGCUCUGACUGACCCAAAGCUAUCUGUGUUCACUGGGGAGGAGGAGGAAAUUCACUCCUAUGAUGAACGACCGCAGCAUAAAAUCACCAAUUUCAGUGUGUACGACAAGAAUACCCACCUGUGUCCCUUUGAUACCGGGCUGAUUGAGAAGAAUGUCUUUCUGUACUUCAGUGGUGUGGUCAAGCCAAUCUACGAUGAAAACUCCAGCCCCGAAGGUGGCAUUCGGGCGUGUAAGAUGGGCCCUAUCAAUGAAUGGUGGACAGCGGGGUUUGACGGGGGAGAGAACGCCCUCAUUGGCUUCAGUACAGCUUAUGCCGAGUACAUUCUGAUGUCCCCUAGUGAAGCUUACAAACCUUACAUGGACACCAUGAGGGAGAAAAUCCACAUGAGUAAAGUGGUGAUAGAGUUCAUGCAGAACAAUCAGGAGGCUACCUACGAAGAUCUCCUCAACAAGAUCCAGACUACAGUGCCCCCUACAGGACUGUCCAGCCUCACCGAGGAUUCCCUCCUGAGACACGCCCAGUUUGUCCUGGAUCAGGUCCAGAGCUAUGAUGAGGCCGCGGAGGAGGAUGAGGGUCUCCUGAUCACCACCCCCUGUAUGAGGGCCCUCAUCAAACUGGCAGGGGUCACACUCGGAAAGCGCCGUCAGAUGAGAAAGGAACUGAGGAAAACAAAGGACAAGGUUAAGAAGCCUGCGUUCACUAUGGCCACCACAACGAGGCUGGUGACCCAGAUCUUUGACAGUCUGUUUCAGGGUGAGAUUGAUGACAAGAGUGGGCAGGGAUCCAAGCGACGGAGGUGUGGGAUCUGUGAGAUUUGUCAACAACCAGACUGUGGAAAGUGCACUGCUUGUAAAGACAUGGUCAAGUUUGGGGGAUCAGGGAAGGCCAAGCAGGCCUGUAUCAACAGAAGGUGCCCUAAUAUGGCCAUGAAAGAAGCAGAUGAAGAUGAUAUUCUAGAUGAUGAUGAUACCGAUGAAAAACUAGAAACAAAGGAAAACAAAGACUCUCCCUCCACCAAAAAACACAAGACAGUCCUGAACACCAAGACAAAAUUAUCUUGGGUUGGUGACCCAGUUCUCCAGGAUGGAAAGAAUUCCUACUACUCGGCAGUACUGAUUAAUGAUGAAAAGGUGUCCUUUGGAGACUUCAUCUCCAUCAAACCUGAGGAUGUGGCCAUACCUGUGUACAUCGCCAUGGUGAAUUACCUGUGGGAGAACGCCAGCGGUAACAAAAUGUGUCACGUCCAGUGGCUCUGUCGAGGCAGUGACACCAUUCUAGGAGAGACGGCCGAUCCAUUGGAACUCUUCUUUGUUGAUGACUGUGAAAGCAUCAAACUGGAGUCAUCGCUCAGGAAAGUCAAAGUUUUACACAAGGAAACGUCCCCUGAUUGGUUCAUGCAGGGAGGGAUAGAACACCCAGAGAAAGAGUUCCCCAUAGAAGAUGACAGCAAUACUUUCUACUAUCAGAAAUGGUAUGACCCAGACUUGGCCCGGUUUGAGGACAUCCCGACCUCAGACAAACCGAAGGACCAGCGACAUCACAAGUUCUGUCUGACCUGUGACAGACUCGAUCAACUCAGGAAGAAAGAGAACCCGAGCCUGGGCCCUGAGAUUGAAAGCGAGGACUCGAGCACCACUCGUACAUUUUACAGCAGUGUGGGGAGGGACGGGUUUGAGUACAAGGUCGGAGACUGCUGCUACAUGGAGCCCAGUGCGUUCGGAUUCAAUGUCAAGCAGCCCCCCGCCAAGAAAGUCAAAACUGAGAGGAAAGAGGUGGACGAGGAGCUGUAUCCAGAGGGGUACAGGAAGGGGGACUACAUCAAGGGCUCCAACGAGUCCGUACCCGAGCCCUUCAGGGUCGGACGCAUACUGGCCAUCUUCUGUAAGAAGUCCUCUGGGUCAAAGAUUGCUAACCUUGGAGAAAUUAAGGUCAAGGUGGCAAAAUUUUACAGACCGGAGGAUACACACAAGGGGCCCUCAGCGGGGUAUCACACGGAUAUGAACAUGCUCUACUGGUCCGACGAAGAGGCUACUGUUGAUUUCAAGUUGGUGAAAGGAAAAUGUCAAGUGACGUAUAGUGAGAAUCUGAGAAGCCUAGAGGAGUACUUAUGUGGGGGCCUGGACCGAUUCUACUUCACCGAGGCCUAUGACUCGGAGACCAAGAUGUUUGAAGAGCCACCCAGACAGGCUAGGGUGUCCGGGGGAAAGGGUAAAGGGAAGGGCAAGGGAAAGGGCAAAAGUUCUGGUCCAUCAGCAGAGGAAGAUGCGAGGGAACCAAAGAAGCCAACCUACCGACGAUUGCGGACUCUGGAUGUUUUUGCUGGCUGUGGAGGAAUCUCGGAGGGUUUCCACCAGGCUGGUAUUGCUGAGUCAUGCUGGGCGAUUGAGAAAGAAGAGCCGGCCGGUCAGGCGUUCCGCCUCAAUAACCCUGGCUGUACCGUGUUCACAGACGAUUGUAACGUCCUCCUGAAACUUGUGAUGGAAGGAGAGAAGCAGAAUGAGAUGGGUCAGAAGUUGCCCCAGAAGGGGGAUGUAGAACUGUUGUGUGGGGGUCCCCCCUGUCAGGGGUUCAGUGGCAUGAACCGGUUCAACUCUCGGGAAUACUCCCGGUUCAAGAACUCGCUCAUCGCCUCAUAUUUAAGUUACUGUGAUUACUAUCGACCCCGAUUUUUUUUGCUGGAGAACGUACGUAACUUUGUAUCGUUCAAGCGCAGCAUGGUUCUGAAGCUGGCGCUGCGCUGCCUCACUACGAUGGGAUACCAGUGUACGUUUGGAGUUCUCCAGGCCGGGAGUUACGGAGUCCCGCAGACACGAAGAAGAGCCAUUAUACUAGCAGCAGCCCCUGGCGAAAAGCUGCCAUUUUUUCCUGAACCUCAGCAUGUUUUUGCACCAAGAGCCAUGCAACUCUCAGUUCAAGUCGAUGAUAAAAAAUUUAUGUCCAACAUCACCAGAAUGGAGUCGGCGCCAUUCCGCACAAUCACAGUGAGGGACACAAUGUCCGACCUCCCGGAAAUCAGGAACGGGGCCAAAGCCGAGGAGAUCUCCUACCAGGGAGACCCACAGUCUCACUUCCAGAGAAUCAUUCGAGGCAAGCAGCACCAGCCGAUUCUCAGGGACCACAUAUGUAAGGAGAUGAGUCCUCUAGUGGCGGCCAGAAUGCAGCAUAUCCCUCUGGCCCCGGGCUCGGAUUGGAGGGACCUUCCGAACAUCGAGGUCCGUCUCUCUGAUGGAACGAAGACCAAGAAACUGCAGUACACCCAUCAUGACAAAAAGAACGGCAAGAGUUCGGACGGCUCCCUAAGGGGGGUAUGUUCCUGUGCUGAGGGUAAGGCGUGUGAGACGAUGGACCGUCAGUUCAACACCCUGAUCCCCUGGUGUCUCCCCCACACAGGAAACAGACACAAUCACUGGGCCGGGCUGUACGGGCGGCUACAGUACGACGGGUUCUUCAGCACCACUGUUACCAACCCAGAACCCAUGGGGAAACAGGGAAGGGUUCUCCACCCAGAGCAGCACCGGGUGGUCAGCGUCAGGGAGUGUGCCCGCUCCCAGGGGUUCCCUGACACCUACAGAUUCUUUGGCAACAUUCUGGACAAACACAGACAGAUCGGUAAUGCUGUUCCACCUCCCAUGGCUCGGUUCAUCGGACUGGAGAUUCGAAAGUCGCUGGAAUGGAAGACCGCUGAUCAGCCAGACAUAGAAACAGAGACAGAGGUAAAAGGUGAUGUGAAGAUGGAGGUCAAGGUUGCUGAGGGGUCACCUUGUAAGCCGGGCUCUUCCCUGAAUUAACAGUUGCAUGGACGUGAUAAGAAACGUGAAGAUUUCCGAAAUGUGAAAAAGAAGAAUCUUGGAUGAAAUAAACCGACGAUUUGGAGGAACACGCUUUCAGCCAUCAUAUGUAAUGGUGUCGCCAAUGAACCUGACAAAAAUUGAAAGUAAAUUUAAUCAUGAGUCAUUAAUUAAAGUGCCGACGUUAGUAUCAAUCUUAUGGACUGUGAUAAUGAAGUAGUAGAGGGUACAGAUUUUACACUAAGUUAUUCAAGUGCUACGUAAGAUGUUUGUCAUGGAUAUUCUUUCUUCAUGGAACAGCGUGAAAUGUUGUGUCCUGUCAUUUUCUUUCUCGAAUGAAAUUUAACAAAAUAAAAAUGACUACAAGUCAAUUCAUUAUAUCUGUU